AGGGGGUUUCCGGUUACGACUUACAAGACUUGCUUCAGGACCCGCUUGUCUGACCCGCUGUUAAAAUGGCGGGAGAGGCGAAGAAGUUUGAUGUGGUGGUUGUUGGCUCUUGCAUGACAGAUCUCGUGAGCUAUGUUCCUCGGCUCCCUAAAGCUGGCGAAACCAUUCAUGGUGAUAAGUUUGUGAUGGGGUUUGGAGGAAAAGGUGCGAAUCAGUGUGUGAUGGCAGCUCGGCUAGGGGCUAAAACUGCAAUGGUUGCCAAAGUUGGUGAUGAUUCUUUUGGACAUCGAUAUAUUGAAAAUUUUAAACAACAUGAAGUCAACACAGAUCAUGUGGGAAUCACUAAAGAGGCUGCUACUGGAGUUGCUCCUAUCUCAGUGAAUUCAAAUGGUGAAAAUUCUAUUGUCAUUGUCAGUGGAGCUAAUGAUAUUCUGUCAGAAGAGGAUGUUAAAAGAGCAAAGUCUGUUAUAUCAUCAGCAUCAGUUUGUGUUUGUCAGCUUGAAAUUAAUCCAGAAGUAACACACUACACUUUAUCUCUUGCAAAGAAAAAUGGAGUACAAACAAUAUUCAACCCUGCACCAGCUCUGUCAUGGCUGGAUUAUUUUUAUUAUGCUCUUAGUGAUGUAUUCUGUGCAAAUGAAAGUGAGGCUGAACUUCUAACAGGAUUAUCAGUAAAAACUAUAGAAGAUGCAGAGAAGGCUGUCAUCAUGAUAUUGGAGAGAGGGGCUCGUAGGGCAGUUAUCACACUUGGCAAUAAAGGCUCCGUUAUUGGAACUAAGGAAAACCGCAUACCCAGACACAUUCCUGUUACAGCAGUGGAACCUGUGGAUACCACGGGAGCUGGAGAUGCAUUCAUUGGGGCUCUUGCAUUUUAUAUGGCAAAAUUCAAGGACCUCCCUUUUGAUGAGGUUGUUAGGAGAUCUGGUGAAAUUGCCAGAGCAACUGUGUUAGCUGUGGGUACACAGUCUAGCUAUCCUACUAAAAAAGAACUGCCACCCUCUCUGUUUAGCAACACUGUUUCAAGGGACAGAAUAUCCUCAACAUAAAACUUUUAGCUACUUUCAACAAAUCUUAAAUUAAAAAUAUUACUAUUUUUUAAAAUUAUUGUCAUGUGAAUGACUCCAAAUAUACCUGUCUUAGGUGUAAUAUGAAUGAAACAAGAACACUACAUUUAGGAGUGUUAGGAACAAACUGAAGAGUAUUAUACAAAACAGAUGGGUUGCAAGUCCAUUGUAAGAACUGAAGUUAACCCUGUAAUUUUCAUGAUCUGAUUGUUAAUUCUCUCCUAUUGCUGCUAGACAUUUCCUUUAAAUUAGUUCUGAGAAUUUGGUGUUAGAUCAAGAUAACAGUUUCUACCCAAUAAGUUUGAGUAUUCUCAUAACCUGUUUGCUGGAUAAUGUAUGGAUGUUAUAAGGAGAAGUUACAUGUUAAUCACUCCUGGGAGUCAAAGGGCAACUACGUCUCUGUAAUGUUACAGCUUUGUGUAAUUGUUGGCCCCAAAGAUGAAGUUUGUGCUGUAAUUUAAGGCUCCACUCCUUUUUGUUGCAUAGAUUGAUCACUGCUAUUGUUAUGAUAAUUCCUUUAUAAAUACAAGUAAUCAACUUGCAUAUUUACAAGCACACUGUUAUUGUGGAUUAAAAAAUUGGAGAAAUGAAGAUAUUUGGUGUGCUGAUGCAUGGCAUUUAAGCGAGGUAUAAGUUUUGUGCUACACCAACAAGUAACUGUAAUUUUUCUUGUAGACAGAAUUUAAGGAAAGAUUAAGCAUGUUGUAACCAAUAUGGUGACUCACUGUUGCCUGUUACUGCUUUUGUGUAAGCUACUAGUGAGCAAGCUUUAACCUUGAUACCUUCUAAAAAAAACCCUGUUAUCUGGCACAACAAACCAAUUAAACGCUGUUGGUCAGUAAUAUUUUGUUUGAGAAUGGACAAUAAUGGAAAAAGUAUCUAAUAACUUUUGUCUUCCUUUACUGAUAUAUGUUUAUUAUUUACAUUAGGAAUUGAAUUCUUGUACAGUAAAUAUCAGAAAAUGACCAUCAGUAGUAAUGUUAAUAGUGACAAAUAUCUGCAAGGUUACUUGUGAGAUUGCCAUUGGCUGGGUAUAUUCUGAUCCAUCAACUACCUUUGUACUCAAACCCUUAAACUCCCAAGAUUUGCUUUUUAACUCUCCAACCAAUCUCCAACACAUUUCCUUGUAAAUACACAGUGAGAAUUUGGUGUUGAAUCAAAAUAAAAACUUCUACCUGAUAAGUUUGAAUAUUCUCUUUACCUGUUUGCUGAAUGGUGUAUGGAUGUUGUAGGGAGACUUUACAUUUUUAUCACUUCUGGGAGUUAAAGGGUUAAAAGUAAUCACAAGCAAUUUUAUUGGGUGUUAUGCAAAGAAUAUUUCAUGUGAUGAUAAAGAAGCAAUAAAAAUCUUUAAUAAUAAAAAUAACACUUCUUCCUGUAAA